AUGCCUCUGGACAGGGACAAGCUGGCCAGAGCUGAGACCGGCGAGGCUGGGUUUUCUCGUCUGGAAGCCACGCUGGUCACCAACCCCGAGGUUGUUCCUCGACCCAAUUCACGACAAAUGAACGAUGUUAGCCGACAUACCGACGCUGCCGAUCUUCAAUUCCAGAACGAGUUGGAGUUUGACUACUCACUCGACACUAGAGACUAUCCGCUUGGCAACCUCCAAUCCCUUCAACAAGUCUUUGAUGCUGUGCAGUGUCAUAAACAUCUGGGCAAGCAUAAGAACUUCUCGGACCAGACAAAGAUCGAAUGCCUGGAGGUGACACAUGCUGGGGCAGAAUGGAAAACACUCGACGACUAUGAUUUGAAGGAUCUCAUCAAAGAGCCAGGUCAGGCCAGCAAUGCGUUUCCAUUGCCACUCCUUGCAGACGAGACCAGAAAUACCCCCAAAGGCCGCUUGCUCCUGUUCCUUGUGCCGCUGACUCCCACCACGGACACAUCGUUCGGCAGCCGCAUCCAAAUGUCUCAAUCCAGCACUCGGGAACUAUACGAGACAUUGAAGAUCCAUCCUAUCUUCUUGUUGAACAUGUUAGGCCGACCGGAUUACUGGGCGCCAGUCAAUCAUUGGGACACUGGCCAAGGCGAUAAACUGCAAGCAUUUGAUUUCUCCUGUCAGCAUCCACGCUGGAACCUGCAAGUCCAAGGGGCCCCGCUGUCCGUCUACAUGCGGCACGACGUGAGCAAGAACGAAACGAUCUACAUCAUCUCGCACAAGCAGAAGGACACGAACGUGCAGGCUCUUCGAAACAUCUUGAACGUGGCGUUACGCACCAGCUCCGAGCAACUCCGCGCGACAAUCUUCCUCGACGACCCCUUCGACAUGCACGUCAUCCUGUCGACGCUCUCGUUCGAAACGUCCAAGCAUCACGUCAAGCGCUUCCAACGGUUCAUGUGGACGCAGAUCAACAAGGUCGACGACCAACUGGCCGGUCUGCAGAACCGCGACCGCGCCCAGCUCUCCGAACUCACCAAGCAACUGCAGGUGAUCAGCCAGAACGCCGACUCGCACCUGGGCAAUGCCGACGUGUGCAUCAUCACGGCCACCCGCAUCUGCCAGGCCCACGCCCGCGUCUACCCGGGCCGGAUCGAGCCGUUCCGCCACCAGCACGUCAAAGACUCGAUCGACUAUGUGAUCGAGUCGAUGAAGAAACAGAAGAUCUGGUUCCUCAACUACAAGAACCGCAAGGACAGCACCAUGAGUCUGGUAUACAACCUCGUCACGCAGCAGGACGCGGCCAACAACAUCGAACUCGCCGCCGACAUGAAGAGGGACAGCACCAGCAUGAGCGCCAUCGCCGCCUUGACCAUGGUCUUUCUGCCCGGCACCUUCACCGCCGCCGUCAUCGACGCCGGCAUCUUCUUCUCGCCCAGCGGCACGCAAGUCAUCAAGGUUAAUGGCAUCUGGUGGUUCUGGCUCGCCAUCACCUUGCCGCUCACCUUGAUCAUAAUGGCUUGUUGGUGGCUGUAUAAGCGCCGCAAAGACGCCCCGAAGCCUGUGUCACUGCAGGCAGACGGAGAGCGCAGGAAAAGUGGCCCCGGCAGACCGAAUACGAGACGUUUUUCCAGUUUUGGCAGUUUCAUGUUGCCCAGUCGGUAUGGCAUGGGAAGACUGACGAGUCAGGGAGGGAAACUGGAUUGA